AAACGGAAACGGAAAUGCGUAUGCUGUGUUAGCAACAUUACCAGGGAAAUUAGCCAUUUGAUGCAUCGUACCUCUUACUGUAGGUGGUUACGUAUUUAUAUAAUCCAUAGCUACUGCGUUCAUUAGAAUAUAAUUUUGUGUACUGGGGUAUAUUAUAUAAAUCAGGCAUGUGUUAGCCACCGCUAGCUUCUAAUUAUCGUUAGCUUAAAUUGACGGCCAGAUUGUUGCCGCUGCUUUGUUGACGCCUAGCUGCGUACAGGAAUCUAAAGUGAAAUUAGUAAAAUGGCAGACCCUGCACGGAUCAAGAGUGAGGAUGCACUUCAGAGGACAUCUCCUACCGACGAGGAGCACCUGAAGUCAGAGGAGAGUGAAAAUCCUUCAGCCACAGAAAAACCUGCAAAUGAAAACCUAGAGACAUCGUCGCAAGAUCAGCCUAAAGAAAAUAAACAUGAAACACCAGGGGGAGAAGAUGAGGAAGAGGGAACCUCUGGCCAGCCUCCUUUGAAAAGGUUAAAAGUGGAACCUGAGAAGAAAAAGGAGAAGCGGCACAAGGUUGAUGAAGAUGAAAUACAGAAGAUGCAAGUUUUGGUGUCAUCAUUUUCUGAAGAGCAGCUGAAUCGCUAUGAAAUGUACAGACGUUCUGCAUUCCCUAAGGCUGCCAUUAAAAGGCUCAUCCAGUCAAUAACAGGAUCAUCGGUGUCCCAGAAUGUGGUUAUUGCCAUGUCUGGUAUUGCAAAGGUCUUUGCUGGGGAAAUUGUCGAGGAAGCUCUGGAUGUUUGUGAGAAGUGGGGAGACACACCACCACUUCAGCCCAAGCACAUGAGGGAAGCAGUGAGGAGGCUGAAGAGUAGAGAUCAGAUUCCCAACACGAAGUACAAGAACAUUCUCUUUCACUGACACACCUGAGCUGCAGAUUGUAUGAGGAUGACGGAUAAAUGCCAGUAAUUUAAUAAGUGAUGCAGAGCAUAUGGAAAACUCACCAUGAAGCCACUUAACACAUCUUGCAGCCAAGUAGGCAGUGACUGCAGUCCUGAAGAGCAGUCAAGGCAGCUGCUAAAUAACGCUGAGUUGUCAUUCACCCCUCAAAGUCGAGGUAAACGUUUUUCUCAUCAUUAAAUUGGUUGCAACUAAACAGUGAGAAAUUAUGGUUUUAUUUAAAACAUGUUUUAUAUUUUAGUAGUCAAUGUUUCUUUUUCUUUUUGACUGAAACAUUUCAAUGUGAUUAGGACCAAGCUGCAAAUGCAAACAUCAUUUUUAGUUUGAUUCCAUAUUUAAAAGCCUUCGAAUCAUUUAAGACCCUUCUUCUCUGUAGCCAAUAGUAUUAGUUGUUUGACCAUGAACUGGAAUUGGAAAUAGUUUGGACUCAAGACAGACUUGAUGGAAAAACUGGGUGCUUGACAUUUGUUACUUCAGUUUAUAUUUUUGUGCAGGUUGUAAACAAGAAGAUGAAUUCUGUUUAAACUGUAUUUGUAAAUAUUGUACUUUGAGAUUAAAGUCAAGUUUGCAUUAUACUAGUAAAA